AUGACGGAUUCAUUCAAGAGCCGCGGCGGGAGGGACGAAGCUCUACCGCCCAUCUCGCUGCCCAAAAUGCCCGCUGCCCCGCGCCGAUCCCGCGGCUACUACUGCCGCGCCAGCUCGGGGCGGCGGCACUCGCCCACGGACCUCCGCCCGCCCGCCUCCAGCGACGAUAACGCCCGCGGCAGGACGGGAGCGGCGGCGCUCAUACGGCCAUCAGGCCGCGCGAUCCGCCAGCCGUCCCGUCCAGCCCCCGGCAGUACGGCGGGCGGCGGAGCUCGGCCCGUCUCACCACGCGCCGGUCAGCAGCCUGCGGCCGCCCCACUGGAAACCGCGGUGCCAAUGGCCGCGGCGGUACAGUGUGUGACGGCGGCCGGGCCGGCCGACCUGACGGCCCCGCCGGCUCUGCACGGGCUGGGAUACAGCCGAACCACCUGUCGACAGCCGCCCGAUCCAGAACCAGCGGCCCGAGUAUCCGCGGCAGCAUAUGGUCGGGCGGCAGCUUCAGGUGCCGGCCGUGCAGAGGCGCCACAUGACAGCUCCCGGGGGUCGACGCCCUCCACCGGUGGCGUACCCAGCUGGCGGCAGCGUGACAGGCGGCGGGCACGGCGCACCACCCGCGCACAUGAGCCGCCGCCGUCGCCGCCGCCACCGCCACCUGGUGGUUGA